AUGGCCGCGGUACCUCCUCAAGAGAGAUAUCAGAAGUUGAACAAGAUCGGAGAGGGCUCAUGUGGAGUGGUUUUCCGCUGCAGGUGUCGCCAGACUGGCCGGAUCGUGGCAAUCAAGAAGGUAAGAUUCGCGUACGAAGAGCCAGGAGGUUCCUCCGGCGGCCCCUCCCUGGCAGGAGCAUUCGGGGCUUCGGCGCUGGUACUUCGUGAGGUGGCCCUGUUGAAGUCCCUGAGCAAACACCGGGGCAUUGUGCCCCUCUGGGAAGUCUAUGCAGAAGCAGGGAAGCUCUACAUGAUUUUCGAGUACUUCGAGCACGACCUUGCAAGGUACAUGCAUGACGCAGGCCCCCUCUCCGACCGUCGAGUGUGUCGCUUCGCCUGGCAGUUGAUUGCUGCAAUGGCCCAUUGUCAUGCGCAUCGAGUGGCCCACAGGGAUGUGAAGCCCCAGAACAUCCUGGUCAAGCUGGAGACCGACGAGGUGAAGCUGUGCGAUUUCUCCUUAGCCCGCUCGGUGGUCGUGCAGCCGACAGUCUCCCAAAAUCCGGAGACGCACAAGGUGGCCUCGCUAUGGUAUCGUGGCCCAGAGAUCUUGUUGGCAUCAGAGCAAUGCGGUCACUGCGGUGUGAGGCUGGAUGUUUGGUCACUGGGCUGCGUCAUUGCAGAGAUGGUGCUGAAUGAGCCCUUGUUUCCUGGCUCCUCCGAGAUUGGAAUGCUAUUCCAUCAGUUUAAGCUCCUGGGCACACCUGAUGAAAUGUCAUGGCCGGGAGUGACCUCCUUGGCAAACUGGUCAGAUCAGUUCCCACAUUUCCGAGCCGGACCUUGGCAUGAGAAGGUGCAGAGCAAUCCAGCCAUGCACAACCUCAUUUCCUCUCUGGUGUGCUGCUGCCCUGCGCAGCGGCAGUCGGCCGGAGCUUUACUGGGUCACAGUGUCUUCCGCAUCCUGGACCCUUCGCUUCCUUCGCUUCCUUCACACAUGCCCGGCUCGGACUGCGACAUGCCCGAGCCACGCACAUCUGAGGCUGAAAGGUGCCAGUCAGCCCAGCUCUAUACAGUGGCCCCACAGAAAUCAGCCAUCGAGGAUGUGGGCGAGUUCUUCCACAGCCUAAAGCGAGAGAACCCAACACAGGUGUCCAGAGCCGGCAAGAAGCCCACACAUUCCUCGCUGUUUGAUGAUUGGCACCUGAACACUCAGAUUCGUGGUGUCCGCUGA